UUUUAGAUCUUAAUAUGAGAAUAAUUAUACCACUAUAUAUAUCAUGACAAAACAUGAACACGACUAAAAACCCCAACUAAAGUAGCUAGAGAUGGGAGAGACUAUGUCGGAGACACGAUCACCGAUGCCGUUGUUGUAUCGACGACAUUCAAGCGGGGAAGUGAUGAAAAACUUAGCCUCUGUAUCGAGUAGCCUCUUGCCUGCUUUUGGAACUAUUGUUGGUGAUGAUUCUCCUCCUCUUAAGAAAUAUGUCAUUGCACCAUAUGAUCGUAGGUAUCGGUGGUGGCAAGCAUUUCUAGUUGUAUUAGUCAUUUACUCCGCAUGGUCAUCACCUUUCGAGCUAGCUUUCAAGAAUGUCGCUACAGGCUCUCUCAUGUUCGUUGAUUUGGUAGUUGACUUAUUCUUCGCCAUUGAUAUCAUCCUAACGUUCUUUGUGGCUUACUUGGAUAAAACUACAUAUUUGCUAGUCGACGAUCACAAGAAGAUAGCUAUAAGGUAUGUCACACACUUGAUGUUUCCGAUGGAUGUCGCGUCAACGUUGCCGUUUCAGUCCCUCUAUCGACUCUUUACCGGAAAGCUCCACCAUGGUGAGGCCUUUGGAUUCCUCAAUCUACUCAGGCUGUGGCGGCUAAGGCGUGUUAGUGAGCUCUUCUCAAGGUUAGAGAAGGAUACGAGGUUCAGCUACUUUUUGACACGAUGCACCAAACUCAUAUGCGUUACGCUUUUUGCGGUGCAUUCAGCAGGAUGCUUCUACUACUGGAUAGCCACACACCAUAGCCCCUCGGAGGAAACAUGGAUCGGGUCUAUCAUCCAGGAUUUCGAAGAUAGAAGCAUAUGGCUAGGGUACACGUACUCCUUAUACUGGUCUAUCGUCACCCUUACAACUGUCGGCUAUGGCGACUUACAUGCGGUGAACACCGGAGAGAAAGUGUUCAAUAUCUUUUAUAUGUUGUUCAACAUUGGGCUCACAUCUUAUUUGAUCGGAAACAUGACCAAUUUGAUUGUUCAUAGCGCUGUUAAAACCUUUAUGAUGAGGGAUUCGAUCAACGAGAUCUUAAGAUAUGCAAGCAAGAACAGAUUACCUGAAGGGUUGAAAGAGCAAAUGUUGGCACACAUGCAACUCAAGUUCAAGACAGCGGAGCUACAGCAAGAAGAAGUUCUUGAGGAUCUACCGAAAGCGAUUCGGUCCAGUAUCGCUCAACAUCUUUUUCGCAAAACAGUGGAGAAAACGUAUCUAUUCAAAGGGAUUUCAGAAGAUCUUAGCAGCCAACUGGUUGCAGAUUUGAAAGCAGAAUACUUUCCACCAAAAGUUGAAGUUAUUCUACAAAAUGAGAUACCAACAGAUUUCUAUAUCAUAGUGUCUGGAGCCAUGGAGGUGCUAACUCAUCAAAAUGGAAUGGAGCAUUUCUUGACAAAGCUAGGCCCGAUGGACAUGUUCGGGGAAAUCGGUGUGUUCUUUAACAUUCCCCAACCUUUCACGGUGAGAAGCAAGAAACUUUCUCAGGUAGUUCGAAUCAGUCAUCAUCACUUCAAGGAACUGAUCCAGCCACUUAGUGAAGAUGGGAAGACGAUAAUGGCCAAUUUCACUCAGUACUUGAAGGACUUAAAGAAGGAGGUACAAGAAGAGAUACCAUUCUUAACAGACCUUCUACGUGACUUGAACAUCGAGCGAAUUUCGCUUAACGAAUCAAGAAAUCAUGAUGAAACGUUAAGUUAUGAUCAACAAGAUAUGCAAGGAACACCCAUUGAUUCACCUUCCAGAGCAUUUGCGUCUAGGGUGAUAAUCCAUGGACAUCAUCCAGAUGACCAAACAACAGACAGCGGAAAGACAGGAAAACUAGUUCGUUUGCCAGAAACAGUGGAGGAGCUUUUGAAGUUAGCAGAAGAGAAGGUGGGAAAAAGAGGGACUGUAAUCGUCAUGGAGGAUGGAUCGCAAGUUGAAGAUCUUGAUGUUUUAAGAGAUAAUGAUCACAUAUUUAUACUCUAGCACUCCAAUAUGCGAUUGGAAUUAAUGAAAAC